UUCGGGUUGGUUGACACGGCGAGGAGAGCAGUUCAGUCCGGGUCGGGUGACUCAGGCAUGAGCCCCGGAACGCUGCGCUCCUUCGCUGUCCCCUUCCUCCGUUGCAUCGAGCCGCCGUUUCGGAGUGCGGGCUGGCCUGUUGGAAGCAGUAGCCUGGCUGUGUAAAAGAUGAUGCUUUUCCCCGCUUAAGGUGACCAGUUCUUUACUGUGAAUUGUAAAAGAAUGUGGAGGAGCCCAAGUCUCUGCUGUCUCUUGGCAGCAGCACAUCUUUAUUUCCUGAGCUCAGUCCACAGUCAAGAGACAGAUUCUUCACAUGAGCCUCAGAAGUUGUCGUGCGUCACACAUGAUUUAAAAAAUGUUACCUGCUCCUGGACGGCAAUGAGCCUUGGACUCAGUUACAUAUUCUGUUACUCUGACAGAUCUUCCUCUUCCUCUUCCCUGAAAUGUGUAGAAACUCAAGAUAACAGAGCACAGAUGCCAUUGCUCUCGUUUGGCUCUACUUUCAUAGAGAUAAAGGCCUUUAAUUCAUCUGCAGAUCUAGUGUCUACAAACACAUUUCAGCUACGUGAUGAAAAUAUUCCAUAUGUUCCACUCACUCCACAUAUUCGUAACUUGACUGCUAAUGUUUCAACCCGCACGUUGAAUUUGGCGUGGAAUGAUGGCAGCUCAACUGUCCCAUUUCCUGUGGAUGCUACCUGGGAAAUUCAGAUUUUGUAUAAAGACCCCAUGGAGACUGUGGCACUGGAAACCUAUCAUUCAAAAUUAACCAGUAAAAAAGAUAACAUCCUCCAUUGGAGCUGGACAUCAGCCAUACCUUUAGAGUGUACCUCUCAUUAUGUCCAGAUUCGCUCUUUCCAUCACUUGGAAGACUUUCCUGGGACCACAUUGUGGAGUGAGUGGAGUCCGUUAGCCAAGAUUCCAGGGCAAGAUACGGGGAAGAUGGAUGAGAUCAAAGUGUUUCCUAAAGAGGAAGUGCUGCAAGUAGGCUCCAACUUGACUUUCUGCUGCGUGUGGAAGACAGGACAACGUGUAGUCGAAUUUCAGUAUGGCUCCUCUCCACCUGCCCAGAGCCCACCUAUCCGUCUCUCCAACUGGAGUAGUAUGAUCCAUGUGCCAAAUGUUAACAAGAGCAUUGUGGCUGGGACAAAUGCGUGGUGUAUAACGGAUCCCUAUGGUUUUGAUGGAGGUCUUGCCUUUGUAGGCUACCCCCCUGAUAUUCCACAGAACCUAAACUGUGAAACAUCAAAUUUUAAGGAAAUCACUUGUGAAUGGAAAGGGGGAAGACAAACUAAUCUCUAUGGCACAGAGCGAAGGACGAACUAUAUUUUGUUUGAAAGUACAUCUGGGAAAAAUGUCAUAUAUAAUGGAAAAGAAAAUCCUGAAUACUAUCGCUGUAAUUUUCCAGUUCUCGACCGUCAGAGAAUAUAUAACUUUACAGUCCGUGGCUCCAAUCCUCUUGGUCAAUCGGAAUCCUCUAUUUUAAUUGAUAUAAAUUAUAGAGUUUGUCCACAGACCCCUACAGCAUUAACCGUGAUUAACAGUAGCGCAACUCACAUCAUUCUGUCCUGGCAUCUCUCUGGCAAUUUGACAGCAAUUAUGCUUCGGUGUCUGGUUCAGAUUAACAGUAGUGAGGCCGUAGAAGGUUUGAAUGUUCAGCUGAAUGGUACCGAAAAUUCGGAUUACUCGGUCUCCAUGGAGAAAUUUCGCCCCUACACAAAGUAUGCUUUCCAAGUUCGUUGCUCAGCUGCUGAGCCCUUCUUCUGGAAGUGGAGCAAAUGGAGUGAGAGUAUACACCACACAACUCUGGAAGCCCCUCCGGCAAGAGGACCAGAUGUUUGGCGAGACAGAAGUCCUGAUGGAAAAACUGUAAACAUCUUUUGGAAGCCACUACCUGUUUCUGAAACAAAUGGAUUGAUACAGAAUUAUGAAGUGUGUUGGUUUGAACCAGAUAAGGGUUCGAUGCAUAACGCCACGGUUCCUGCAUACCACAACAGCACUACAGUAAAUAUUGAGGGAAAAGAUUAUGUAUUUCAAGUUAUGGCAAAGAACAAAGCGGGCUCCUCUCCUCCUUCUCAGAUAAAGAGUGCAGAAGUUUCGACUGGCAGUCCCACGACUGAAGAGGGUUUUGCAACAGGGGAUGGGGUUUCCAUUGAUUGGCUCCGUGAUCCUGAAGUCACCUGUGGCUACACAGUGAGAUGGUGUCAUCCGACUGGGCCUGAACACUGUGUUGUCGACUGGGAAACGUUUCCUUCCAAUGUGACACAUGCUGUGAUCAAAUCUGCUCUUUUUCAGCCAGGACAGAGGUACAAUUUUUCUGUCCUUGCUUGCAAAGAGAAUGGAUACCAGCUAAUGAAAUACGUAAAUGGCUACUCAAAAGAACUGAGUCCAAGAAUUAAACCCUCGGUGAGGGUGGAACAUACCACUUCAGAUUCCAUCUUGAUCACAUGGGAGAUACUUCCUGUCAGUGACCGUGGUGGCUUCUUAAAAGGCUAUUUACUUCAGUUUGCCAAAGGGGAAGAAGGCAAAAUACAGUCCAAGGGUUUCGAAACAGAGUUGUUCAACAUUUCGGACCCUAAGCAAACAAAACUCAGAAUAUCAAACCUUCAAGGGAAAACCAGCUACCACCUGAAGUUGUUCAACAUUUCGGACCCUAAGCAAACAAAACUCAGAAUAUCAAACCUUCAAGGGAAAACCAGCUACCACCUGAAUUUAAGCGCCUACACAGCUGGAGGGGUUGGACCUGGGCGCAACCUCUACGUGACCACAAAGGAAAAUUCCGUGGGAUUAAUCAUUGCCAUCAUCAUCCCAGUGGCCAUAGUUGUUGUGCUUGCAUUGGUGACCACCAUCCUUUGCUACCGGAAGAGGGAAUGGAUUAAAGAAACCUUCUAUCCUGACAUUCCAAACCCUAUGAACUGCAAAGCUUUGGAGUUCCAGAAGGGUCCAUGUGAGGGGAAGGCUAACCCUAAAACCUUGGAGAUGAAUCCAUGUACCCCCAACAACAUUGAAGUGGUGGAAACACAAUCCCCGUGCCUCAAGGUAGAGGACACAGCAAUGACAUCACCGGUGGCAGAUGAGCUACCCGAAGAUGGUUUUGACUCUGAAACAGAGAGCCAUAUUGUUGUCUCCUACUGUCCACCAAUCAUAGAAGAGGAGAUCUCCAACCCACCAGGAGACGAGUCCACGGGGUCUUCCCAGGUCGUUUAUAUCGACAUCCAGACAAUGUAUCCCCCUCAAGUAAAACUGAAGGAAGGACCAGGGGUGGACUGUGCAGCUGCAGCAGGCUAUAAGCCCCAAAUGCAACUGCCUGUAAAUAGCGUAAUAAAAAUGGAGGAGACGCCAUCUGCGGAAGGGUAUAUGGACAAGGCUGCGGGCUACAGACCUCAAGUGAAUCCACCCACAUGGAACACGGGCUGCCCGGAUUCUCCUGGAUCCACCGAGAGCAAUAACGAAAAUGCCUCAUUCGGGAGCCCUUGUUCAAUUAAUUCUCGACAGUUUUUGAUCCCGCCCAAAGAGGAUGAAGACUCCCCCAAAGUCAUUAACACGGGGUGGUCCUUCACAAAUUUCUUUCACAACAAACCAAACGAUUAGCAUUGCGACGGUAAAUCUUGCCUCGAACGCUUCCGUAUGCUGGGACUUGUUGAAAGAGUAGCACCCAGAGGUGCUGUGCAGCGGGUUUUAUAAUUUCAUUUCAGUGAAAUUGAAUGUUAACUUUGUAUAAGUUGCAGUGUGUAAAUUGGCAAGGUUUCACUCUUACGGCUAGCUGAGCUGCUGAUUUGUAGUAUCUCAGUUAGGGCGGGGCACUCCGUGGUAACCUUUUCUUACAACUGAAGCCAAAGAGGAGCCGCAGUCCUGCAUCUGCUUCCAGGCAGUUUGCCCCCCACCCCCCGCUGUCCGAUGGGCGCAACGUUCUUUUUGGGACUCUCUUUCUGGUUCCUCGUUCUGCAUUGAUAGAAUAGGAAAAUGGAUAGAAGCGGCCCCUUGGGGGGCUCUGUCUGAGUGGAAAGGCGGCAUAUAAAUGUUUUCAAUAAACAGAUAUUUUAAAUGAAAAGCCACUUUCAGAAAUGUAGAAGGGAGAAAUAAUUAGUCAUUAUAAGCUUAGCCUUUGGCCUGGACACAGUUAUCUGGGUGGUAAAAAAUUGGGGCAUGUAAGAAGUACGUUCUGGCCGGGCUCCUUGUUCACCCACCCAGUUGUUGUCCAAUCAGAGGCACUUUUAAGCAACUUUAGGAUUCUGGGGGACGUUGUCCAACACUACAAUACUGCAUUGAUGAUCAUUGGGAGGCAUUAGUCCUCGAACUGAUCUGCAGAGCACCUGACACUUAAAAACAGUCUGGUUUUUGUUUUGCUUAAUAUCUGUGUGGCUAGCCCAGGCUAGCCCAGUCUGAUCA